AAGUAAUGUUCAUUUGAAAAUUCUACUUGGUAUCUACAACAUCUUUUUCUAGCGCUGAGCUUCAAGAGAAAACAUAUUGGGCAGUAAUAUGGACUUGCGUGUAUGUUGCUUCAUUCUAAUGCUUUUGGUGAACGUCCAUGCUGCACCAAGAUGCCUCAAAAGUAGCAGAAAGUAUAGGAGUCACCCAUCUGGAUUGAACAACCGAUAUAUUAUCUAUUUUGAAAAGGGGAUAGUCGCAAGUUCGAGAAAAGCCCAGAGUCAUUUUGACAUAUUGCUUAGCUAUCCGAACAUUCGUCAAAGAACGCCUACAGCGACUGAAAUCCAACUAUGUAACAGUGGAGUGACAUCUAUAAGUGAAGAAAUUGUUCCAAUGGGAGGAUACAUCUUGACGUGUCCGAGUGAUAAUACAUUAUGCAUGCUAGUUAGCGAUCCAGAGGUCAGAGAGAUUGUACAGGAUACGCCCGUCUAUGCUGUAGGCAAAGGCAAAAGGAAAGGAAAAACAACUACCACUCCACCAACCUGCAGUAGCCCAUUCAUCGAACAUUACAUUCUGUCAGGCAAUUACUGGGGCUUGGAUAGAAUAAACCAACCUAAUCCGAUCCCACUAGACAACCAAUUUUCGGUAUUCGGAGAGGGAAAUGGGGUAGAUACGUAUGUAAUAGAUACAGGAAUAUAUUCGAGCCAUAUUGAAUUUGCAGCAGGACAAAUAGAUACAACUGCCGGCUAUAAUUUUGUGGAUGAGAAUAACCCUCCCAAUGAUGACCACAGUCAUGGAACAAUCGUAUCAGGGAUCGUUGCAGGAACAAACGCUGGUGUAUGCAAAAAGGGGACUAUUAUCGCAUUUAAAGUAUUGCGUGCGGAUGGCUCUGGAACAUCCGGUGAUGUUAUAGCAGCGAUUAACAAAGCCAUUGUGAUGAAAGGGACUAGAAAUAGGCCUUCGGUUAUCAAUCUGUCGCUUGGGGGUCCGAAAUUUGACAAAUUGGAUUUGGCAGUAAAAGAUGCAGUCGAUAAUGGUAUAUUUGUAAGUGUUGCAGCCGGUAAUGACAACCGAGACGCGUCACGAGCAUCACCUGCCGGUGAACCUUCGGCAUUCACCGUUGCUAGUGUAAACUCGAAUGAUUACCUCAGUUCAUUUUCAAACUACGGUCGAGUGGUUGACUGUGCAGGCCCUGGUGAGAAUAUUCGAAGUUCUUCGAAUAAAUGUAAUUCUUGCUACGGAACAUAUAAAGGGACAUCCUUUGCCGCCCCUCACGUGGCUGGAGUAGCAGCGUGUUUUUACAGUAUUUACCCAACAGCAACAGUAUCCCAGGUUGAGAACUAUUUGAAAUCCGGGGCUUGGACUGGAAAAAUCCUGGGAAAUCUUCAAAAAACCCCGAACCGAAUUCUUCGCUCGAACUACUGUUAAUUGGUGAGAAAAGCAA